AUGGAUCCGAACAGGGUAGCUAUCGGCUUCAUCGGAAAUCCCAACAGUCGACAUCUGAUGGUCUCCAAGGUGCCCAUUUCCGCAGAUACGUCCACCGUCGACUAUAUGGUGGGCGAGCUCCUAAAGAUUGCUCAUGCUGUCUCCCGCAGUCAGCCGUCACCGUUUAUCCAUCACCAUCUGUCGUUCCAACCGCGGGCUAUGCUCUCUCAGACAGAUUGGGAGUCGCCGGGAAGCGUCGGGCUUCUCUACAGUACAGGGAAUCGACACAGCAUCCCUCUGUAUGACCGAAUAUGUGAGCUGCUGUACAAACUCAAUGGUUCGGCCAUGCCGCUGCGAGAGACAGUGCAAAACUUCCAACUUUUCAUCUGCUGUAUGAUCUGGUUUCUCUUUUUGGGUGACAGACGUCCAUCUCAACUGAAAGAGAAACUUCUUGAAAAUAUGAGGAGGGUUGCAGCUAGAAUGAUGCAGGAGGCCCCGGGAAUACUGGCGACCGGCUUGCCACGGUGGAAGACUUGGGUGCUCGCCGAAAGCCUCCGCCGAGCAGUGUUGAUGACUUGCCUUGUACAAGGCAUCUAUCACGGAUGGGUACGAGGGUACUGUUAUCAUGAGCUCUUUAUCCAAGCGCUUCCUUUCGACAACCGUCCUGGCCUAUGGAAUGCCGACUCCGAAGAAGAAUGGGAAGCCCUGUUGGCGGACGGCGGAAACCCAGUUACAUCGAAGAGUGCAUUUCCCGAUUUGAUCUCAUUCCAUGAGUUUGCCUCUUCCUUUGCGAAAGCCCCGUUCAACCCUGGGCCUGACGUUUUUCAGAGACUGUUGCUGAUUGCACAUCAUGGCAAAGGACCUGUCGAGCGCGCUCUUGGUUCCACCGGAGGAGGCAAAGCAGUCGCAGCCACAUCACCACCCCCGAGUGGUUGA